AUGGCUGACAUUGCGCCAAUGCCCUCUGCGGUCAACCCUCAGUCGCCCGUUCCUCUGGACACCAUCCCCAUCUCGCCUGCGGAUGGGACAAACGGCACCAACGGUACCGAUGCUGUCAAGGAGCCUCCCGUGGAAUAUGUCGAUACCGACCCAAUCACCGUCUUCCACGAUCCGGACAACUUUAACGUCAAGCACCCGUUGAUGAACUCUUGGACGCUGUGGUUCACGAAGCCGCCAAGUGGCAAGGGCGACAACUGGAACGACCUUCUCAAGGAAGUCAUCUCUUUCGACUCGGUUGAGGAGUUCUGGGGUAUCUACAACAACAUCACCCCCACCUCCGAACUGGGCCUCAAGUCCGACUACCACCUCUUCAAAACCGGCGUCCGGCCCGAAUGGGAAGACCCGCAGAACAAGCACGGCGGCAAAUGGGCCUUCCAGUUCAAAGAGAAGAAGCUUAUCAACAUUGACGCACUGUGGCUGCACGUUAUGCUAGCUGCCAUCGGCGAAACACUCGAGGAUGAGAAUGAUGGCGAGGUCAUGGGCGUCGUUGUCAAUGUUCGCAAGGGUUUCUACCGUAUUGGCCUCUGGACUCGCAGCGUCGGCAAACCAUUCCCAGGUGGUGGUGAGGGCAAGACGGCCGGUGGCAAGGGCAGGACUACCGAGGAGGGCAGGGAGGUCCUUCUGAAGGUCGGACGCAGGUUCAAGGACGCCCUGGGUUUGAAAGAGAGCGAGGCGGUCGAGUUCUCGGGACACACGGAUUCCGCGCACUCGGGGAGCACGAGAGCGAAGGCGAAAUUCACCGUCUGA